AAAAUUCCAUAAGAUAGAAAUUCCCACCUCUACAACACAGCCAGUAAAAUCGACACACGAAGCGAAAAGGGAAAAUAGGAAAAUAAUAAAAGUGCCUGAGCCAGCAGCGAUCCGCAGCAGCACUCUGGUCACAAUCUUGAGCUUCUGUACACGCAACCCCCCCGUAAAUUAGAUGUAUUCGCAACUGUAGACACUUUCCUGCCUCCAUCAGCCCCCUUUCUCAUCCCCUUGGAUCGGAAAAAGUACACGAGAGAAAGGCAGGAAGGCAGAAAGAAGCUCCACCGAGAAGCCACAGGACGAGAGAUUCAAGAGUCAGCAAGUAAGGAUCGCCGGAGAGCCCAGCGUGGAGAGAGAAGACCAGCCAGCUAGGAGUUAUCUGCCAGAAGGAUGAGCUGUUGGCCAGCCAUGAACUCGUCAGCGCCCGGCAACAGCAACACCCCAAAGUUCCUCUAUGAUUUGGCCCUGGAUGUGCUCGUCCGGAGCCUGGGCACCACAGUCCCCUCCCUCGACCGGAUCCAUCGUCUGCCGGAGUUGCCGCGCAACAUACUCAUCGAUGUCUAUGAAAUGAUGUCGAAGCGGGACUUCUUGAAGGACACUUUGCUGGAGGAGAUUUGCCGCCUGGAUGUGUUCACUCGCCUGGUCCGCUACUCGCCCGCCCGCAGCAAGCUGCUGCGCAUCGUGGCCUCGCUGAUGGCCAGCAAAAAGCCGCUCGCCAGCCGUCUCAGCGGCGCCUACAUCGCCCGCUACGGCCAGGACUGGGAGCUGAACGGGGAGUUGGAGGGGGAGCGCCAGGCCGAGGGGAUGUUGCAGCUGCCGUCGGCCGCCAGACAGGAUGAUCGGGCCAGGGAGCUGCUCCGUGAAUACAACACACUGCACGCGGGAGAUGACGAGGCGGCCGGCACCAGCACCAGCAGCAGCACCAGCACAUGCCGCAGCCACGACAGUGUCCAGAACAAAGUAGCACUCCAGACCGAACCCAGUGUAAUGGCUCCCACCAACUUGCAGGAGCUGCCGGUGGAGGAGCUGCAGGCCAUUGACAUGGGAUUGCGUCUCGGCUCGUUCCUCUCGGAGGCGGGCUGGAUGCAGGAGAGCAUCGCCGUACUAUCGUGCCUCAACGCAAGACUGAAGCGCCUGCCGCCCCACAAGUACUGGCUCGAGAUGCGCUACGAUUGCUUGCAGCGCCUGCUCUAUGCCGAGUCGGCGCACUGCAACUUCAAGCUGGCGCACCGCACCUACGAGGAACUGAUCGAACUGAACCGCUCCUUGACCGACACAGUGCCCGCCCAGCUGGUGGCCCUGACCUACAGCCAGAUUUCGGCCAUGUACUUUGCCCGCAACGAGUACAACAACAGCCACAUGUGGAGCGGUCUGGCCAUGCGUUCUCUGAAAGCGUCCGCCUCGCCGCGUAUCGCCAUCGAUGUGCUGCGCCAGGCGGCCAAGGCCUGUGUGGUUAAGCGGGACUUUGCCCGGGCCAAUCUACUCAUCUGCCAGGCGGUGCGACGUGCUCGCCAACACUUUGGAGUUAAUCAUCAGAAGUACGGCGACGCCCUGCUGGACUAUGGCUUCUUUUUGCUCAACGUGGACUCGGUGUUCCAGUCGGUGAAUGUCUACAAGGAGGCGCUGGCCGUGCGUCGCGGCAUCUUCGGCAACAUGAACUUCCAUGUGGCCAUCGCCCACGAGGAUCUGUCCUACGCCUACUACGUGCAUGAGUACAGCACGGGUGACUUUAGCUGCGCCCAGGACCAUGUCGACAAGGCGGUGACCAUUAUGAAGAAUUUAGUGCCGAGCAAUCAUCUGAUGCUGGCCUCGGCUAAGCGCGUCAAGGCCCUGCUCCUGGAGGAGAUAGCGCUGGACAAGAUGGCCGACGGAAUGGAUGAGGAGGAUCUGCUGCUGCAGUCCGAGCAGCUGCACAAUUUCGCGCUGCUACUCUCGCUGGAGGUGUUCGGCGAGGUGAACGUACAAACGGCCAAGCAUUACGGCAAUCUGGGGCGGCUGUAUCAGACCAUGAAUCGCUUCGAGGAGGCGGAGCGGAUGCAUCAGAAGGCCAUCAAGAUCAAGACGGAUCUGUUGGGUGCCUUCGACUACGAGGUGGGCCUCUCCAUCGGCCACCUGGCCUCCUUGUACAACUACCAGAUGAAGAAGUACCGCGAUGCAGAGAAGCUCUACCUGCGCAGCAUCGACAUAAGCCUGCGCUUGUUUGGACACUCGUAUUCGGGCCUGGAGUAUGAUUAUCUGGGCCUGUGCCAUGUCUACGAGACUCUGCACGACUUUGAAAAGUAUCUGAAGUAUGCGCACACUCUGGAGAACUGGCAGAUCCUGCGCGGCCAGAAUAUUACUCAAAAUAAGUCAAGCUAUCCAGCCAUCGAGGAGGACUACACCAUCGAGGAGGUGAAGAGCAAGUUCUUCACCAUGAGCCCACCCUCGAACACAACCCCACUGCAGCUGGACUAUAACUGAGCAGGGGCCUUGGUAGCGGCAGUAGCAGCACAGGCACCUGCACCCGCACCCGCACCCGCACUACAACCACAGCCAGAACCAGAACCAGAACCAGAGCCAGAGCCAGAACUAGACCCAGAACCAGACCCAGACCCAGAUCUAGAUCUAGAAGACACUGAACCCAAACCUGAACCUGAGAAUGAACCCCAAUCGGAGUCAAUGGAUUCUGAUUUGGAGUCGGAGAGCACAAACCAGAUGGAGAGCAACAGAAACGGCAUCUGCAGUUUGUCGUAGAUAAGUUCUUGCAUAAGUUAGCCAUGUUGAGUUAGUCAGAGGAGACCGAGAGAAGGGCGAGAAAGUGUAGAAAGGAAGUGUCUGAUGUGGAGGACGCGGAAACGGUGGAGGAGUAGUGAUUGGCAGCUCCAACUACUAGCCACCUACAUGCAUCCUUCACCCUUGCCGCUCUCUAGACAGUAUCUAUAUAUAUAUAUAUACUAUGUGUAUAAGGAUGUAGCUGGUAGUGCGGUUGCGGUCGUGCCUGUUGCGUUUGAUCAAGUGUUUCUGUUUAUUUCUUUUUCUGUUAAUUUGUCAUUUGCAUCGAAUAAGUCCCUCGAUACCAUUGUACCCCCAUGUAUUUAACUCGUGGAGUGGAGUGGAGUGCUCUGUCGUACUAAUCACCACCAAAAAAAAAACAUAACCAACCACCAGCAGAAGAGUAGCGUCAUCGAAUACGUCCAAUAACCCCAGCAGAUCCUGGAGUUGUCCCCACCAUAGCAACAAAAAAAAAAAAGAAAAAACAAUCGAAUGAAAAUCUUACAAAAAAAGAAACAAAUUUCCUCCCAGUAAGCUCAUCUAGGCUAGGAUGCUGGUUACACAUAUAUAUAUAUAUUUUUUUUAGUGUAACCGCAUAGUGUAGAAAGUAUUCUUUUCGAGCUUUGGUUGAGUAGAGAUUCUUGAAAACUAAUUCCUAUUAAUUCGAACGUAUUUGGCCAAUGUACAAAACAAAAAAAAAACAAAAAAAUUGCUAUUUUUUUCCCUCGAAUUCGCCCAAAAUUUUUCACAAUUAUUCUACUUUUUUUUUUUUUAAAUAAAAAAGGAGAGUAUGUCUCCUAUCUUAGAGAGUGUUUUAGAAGAACUUAAGAAGUAAAUAAACGAAGGCUACGCAACAGAUACAAGAGAAGAA